UACUGCCAACAAUACCGGCUCGAGCAACGGAAAGAGAACUCGCAAAAUAGCCUUGGGUAUACUUGCUGCGACGACCGUGAACUAUUUCUCGGUAUUAUGUCGAGUCACGAGCCACUGAACGAUAAUUCGUGGCCAGCUUCCGUGAACGCAUGUCGAGAUAAUUUUCUCCGAUCGGGAAAGCUUAUUGGUAAAAAUGCUGGCAGACUAUGGAAAGGUGCAAAGGGGAUGGACAAGCCCGAGUCCUCCACCGCAGACGAGAGCAACGGGGAUCUCGAGGACAGGGACCCCAACAGUUUGAACCAACACCUGCAGGUGAUGUGGGAUGACGUGAUCGGAGAACCGGAAGGAAUACGCAGCCCCGAGUGCGCGUGGCGUCUCAGCGGUCACUGCUUCCGACUGUCCAGGGGAUGCUGCUACGUGUUGCUCUCGGUUCUCGUUGCUCCGUUGCUCGCCCUCUGCUUAGGCUUCACCUUCGCUUGCCUCGCGUUUCAGCAUAUAUGGUGCCUGGCGCCUUGCCUCCGCGUUUGGAAAAUUACCUGCGCGGCGACGAGAAAUUUUCUCACCGCUCUGACGCAGGCCAUCGUGCGUCCCUUCAUGGACUCCAUCGGCUACUUGUUUCACAACAUUCGGGUGUACAAUCAACAGCUACCAGAUGGUCCUGCUCACAAAGAAGACGUCCUCGUGGUGUAAGAUUACCAUCGAGAAAUCGACCAUCUAUAUCGUUUACGAAUCAUUCGAGUGCCUUCUGAGUCGACGGGUAAAGAUUAACGUAAAAUUUGAACAAUAUCGUUUUUACAU